CACUCAUGGCGGCUGCGGAGCCUGGUCCCGACGUGUCGCUGCGCGAAGCCACCCAGCGCAAGCUGCGGAAGUUCGAGCAGCUGAGAGGCCAGCCUGUGCCACCAGGAGAGUUCUGGGACGUGGUGGUGCUGACAGCAGCCGACCAGGAGCAGGAGGUGGCCUAUCAGCUCCAGCUGUCCAGAAAGCUCCAGUGUGGGGAGCUGCCCCUGGGCGUCCACUACCACGUGUUUGCUGAUCCCAUCGGAGCCAAGAUCGGAAAUGGAGGAUCAACCCUUUGUGCCCUUCAACAUUUGGAAGAAAUAUAUGGUGAAAUAUGGAGUAGCUUUACCAUCCUCUUAAUUCAUUCUGGUGGCUACAGUCAACGCCUCCCCAAUGCAAGUGCCCUGGGAAAAAUUUUUACAGCUCUACCUCUGGGUGAUCCCAUUUUUCAGAUGCUGGAGUUAAAACUGGCCAUGUACAUUGAUUUCCCCUCCCACAUGAGUCCUGGAAUUUUGGUGACCUGUGCAGAUGACAUAGAACUUUACAGUGUUGGAGAAACUGAUAUCCUGAGGUUCGAUAAGCCUGGCUUCACAGCUUUGGCUCAUCCUUCUGACUUGACCAUUGGUACAACACACGGGGUUUUUGUGCUAGAAAAUUCAGACGACUCAGAAUGUGGAGACCUGGAGUACAGAAUUUGCCAUCGUUUCCUGCAUAAGCCCAGCCUACAGGAGAUGUAUCAGGCCAAUGCUGUAAGAAGAAAGAGCAAUCCUUCCCCAAAGAACUUUGCAUCUGGGGACCUCAGUGCUCAGAACUUGCACUCUGACAUUGUCUACACAGACAGCCUGUUUUACAUGGAUCAUAAUUCAGCCAGAAAGUUACUGGCUUUUUAUCAACAACUCGGGGCCCUGACGUGUGAGAUCGAUGCCUACGGAGACUUCCUGCAAGCCCUGGGCCCCGGCGCCACAGUGGCAUAUACGAAAAAUACUGCCAACGUCACCAGAGAAGAGUCUGAGUUGGUCGGGAUAAGGGAGAAGAUCUUCCAUCUCCUCCAAGGCACGCCUCUCAAUGUCAUCACUCUCAACAACUCCAAAUUCUAUCACAUUGGCACGACUCAAGAAUAUCUGUAUCAUUUCACCUCCGAUAAGAAGCUGAAGUCCGAGCUUGGCUUACUCUCCAAAGCCGUCAGCAUCUCUCCGGGGGACUCUGAAGGCUCCGAUAAAACCACUUGUGUCAUCCAAAGCAUAGUAGAACCAAGGUGUGCUUUGACCCCAGGCUCAGUGGUCGAAUAUUCCUGGCUGGGACCCGACGUCACCGUCGGAGGCAACAGCAUCAUCAGUGGCUGUCACGUUGUCUCGAAGGCCGCCAUUCCGCCCAGUUCUUUCCUGUGUACUCUGAGCUUAAAGGCGAACGGGCACUCGGUAUACGCCACUAUGGCAUAUGGGGUAGACGACAAUCUGAAACAGAACGUAAAGGUACUGUCAGACCUCCAUUCCCUGCAGUUUUCUGGCCUGGGAUUUCUGGCGUGCUUAGAUCUCUGGGGCCUGAAAAUGAAUGAAGACCUGUUCUCUGGCAACAAAAGCAGCCUGAGUUUGUGGACUGCUCGGAUCUUCCCGGUGUGCCCAUCCCUGAAUGAUUCUGUGAGGGCCUCCUUGAGGCUGCUGGAGGCUGUGAGGAGCAGGUCGCCGUUCCCUCUGACCAGCUACGAACGCUUGUCCAUUGAAGAAAUGCUCUUCUACAAAGAUGUGGAAGACAUGAUGAAGUGGAGGGAGCACCUUUCUCAAGAAAUCAGCUUACAGCGGUGCCAAGCAGAUGUGUGA